AUGACAGCAACCUCUUCUCUAGCUUUCCCCGCCAUGGAAGUUCCAGCAGUGGAUGAUUCGAUGGAGAUGGCCUCGCCCUACCAGGGCCAGGCCGAUGAUUUUGAUAUUGAUAUCGAUCUGAUGGAAGAUCAUGUCUCCAAUAUGGACAGUGACAUGAUGGGAGCAGAUGAUUAUCUCAACACUUCUCAAGCAGACGGUCUUCAAAACGACGCGAUUAAUGAUGCCGACAUGGCUGACGAACCGUCCGAGGGAUCGAUGGUCGACGCUGACAACUACGCCGACGAAGACAACGACAUCGAUGUUGAGUACGAGGAAGAAACAUACGAAGCUGAGAUGCUGGAGGGCGAUCAAGAUCAACAUGUCGAGCACGCUAUUCCCACCAUACAGCUUGAAGCGCCUGCCCAUAUUGAAAACGAGCCCACUCCCCCCAGCCUGGACACUACGGUCACUGCCGAGAAGUCCAGCGAAGGACCCGAGCAAGACCCUGCCAACUUGGCAGAAAUGACUCACGCGGAGAGUGGCACGCAGGCAUCUGAGCACCCUGAUCAAGACAUCCACCCGGAACCUAGUAAGACAGAAGAAGGCCUCGAACGAUCAUCCGAUGAGAAUGAGGCGACCGAAGCUGUUCUCGGUCAGGAAAAUUUGGAAGUUGGUGGCGAGACUAACACUGCAGUGGAUGUUGACGAUGACCACGCGCAGCCAGAUCCGCCUAUCGCAAGCCCCAAGGCCAGCAAUGCUCGGUUGUCCAACGAUGAGACUAAACAGGUCGAACAGCUUGAGCCUCAGAAUGAGCAGGAAAAAGUUGGGCAGGACGCUCGUGAGGACGAGUCCCUGCAUCCCGUCAAGGUUAUCUACCAAGAGAAUGAAAUCGCUCUUUUCCCGCCUCUAGAAGGCGAUUCAGCAGAAACAUUCUUCCUUCAUGAUGAAGAUGUGGCCUAUGAUCACCUGGGUAGACUGUUCAAGGCCCUCCGUGAGGUUCUCCAGGGUAAUGUUGCGGAGAAUGAGGUUCUCGUCAUUGAUAUCGAUUCUCUUGGUAUCCAAAUGACAGAGGACUCUUCGUAUACAUCCAAGGUGACCUUGCAUCAGGUCUUGGACCUCUACCUUCGACUUUGCCAUAAUGACGGCACCGAUGGACCGGAGCCUCUGUACAUUACUCUAAGCAGCAAACUGACAGUCCCUGCUGAGAUUGCUGAUCUUCUUGCUGCCGCCAAUGAGGGCAAGGGCCUUUCUCAAGUCCAUUCAUGGGAUGAUUACGAGGAAGCGGAUCCUACUUCCGAGGAGGCUCUCGCUUUCUCUGAGCCAGAGCAGCAAGGCGAAGAAUCCCAUGCUGAUGGGACUGGACAAGAUCAAUCCAUCCAUGAAGUGGAUGAAACUGUCCUGGCUACACAAGAACAAGAAGUAGCCAAUGACGAGUCUUACUCCAAGACUCACGAGGCUAAUGUUCCAAAGGAAACUGGACCUCUUCAAGACGGCGAAAACGCCAUCGUUGAGGGCCAUGAAGCUGAGGAUGCUGCUGAAACCGAAACUGCUGCUCUUCAUCGUGAGGAAAGGGAGACAGACCACCAAGCGGAGGAAUACGGUCAUCUGGAUGAAGAGGAACAUCUCCAUGAAGAAGUGGCUGAAGAUUUCUAUGACUCUGAAGGUCAGAAGACUGAGUCCACUGCAACUGUCGCUCCCAUGUCCGAGCCGGCCCAGGCCCAGGAAACAACCGAAGAUCUUUCUGCGAAUAUAACCGAAGGCGGCCCGGCGCAACAUGACACCGCUGAUACACAUGAUCAAGUCCCUGAUGGCGAUGCCCUUGAGGCUGGGCAUUAUCCUGAAGCAGAUUCAAACGAUGGUCUUCACAACGAGCCUGAGGAAGUCCAGGAUGAUCUUAUCGGCGAUGAGCAUGGAGACGCAGGUGUCCAAAAUGACAAUCGUCUUGGCGGCUCUGCGUCGGCUCAAGUUGAAGAGACACUGGAUGAGCCGGAUACCGCACCCCAAGCUGGCGAUCCUGCAAUUGAGGGUUUGCAAGACGACGUAGAUCAAUCUUCGCACGGUCAGGACAAGUCAGCCUUGGAUUUUGUGGCACAGGAACCCUAUGCACUCAAAGAGCAAACACCGGAACCUACGGAUGAUCUCCUUGGGAUCGCUGAAGACUUGAUGCAGACCCCUGCCAAGGAUGAGCUUGAAGACACUGGGAGUCUAAACGAAGAGCAUCAGCCUGAGCACGAGUAUGGCUACCCUGCUGCAGCCGACGAUGACGGCACCGACAAGAACCUGUUUGACGAGGGCGAUUACGGCCACGGCCACCCCGAUUUUGAUGUCACCGAGGCUGUUGAGUUGGAUGACACCAAGGCUUCUUCUCAUCCUGACUCGCAAACUCGUGAUACCGGGUCUGCCAAACGGUCCCGUGCGGUCGAAGAGGACUGGGAAACGGGAGAGACCACCCCUGAUACCAAACGCCGUCGACCCUCGUAA